AUGGAUGGCAGUAUGCUGUUCUACUGUAGAAAGAAUGAAAGAUUCCAGGUGAUUGAAGCUCUGCUAAUUAUCGGCACAGCCGUCUACCUACAAUUUAAUGGUUGGUAUAUAACGUCAGCUGUGCUUAUGGGUCUUGCAUGGCAGCAACUCGGAUGGCUUAUUCAUGAGUUCGCACAUAAUCAGCUCUUCAAAGACCAUUGGCAUAAUGACCUCGCAAGUUAUUUCGUGGGCAAUUUCCUGCAAGGAUUCUCUUCGGGUGGAUGGAAAGAGCAGCACAACAUCCAUCAUGCGGCUACCAAUGUCGUCGGACGAGAUGGGGAUCUCGAUCUCAUGCCGCUGUGGGCUACUGUUGUCCAAGGACCUCAAGGUAUACAUUUUUUACAAAUAUAUGGGCACCCUGGAGACAGAACGUCAUGUUUUCACGAGCACGCUCACAUUGACUAA